UUGAAGGUUGGUAGGCCUAUAUGUAGGCAGCGACCCACUACGCACAGAGAAGUGCCGAGCAGAGAGUAAAUAGGUGCAAAUAACACACUCUAAGGAAUAUAUAUACCUACAAGCUGUUCUGACAGCUGAGUUCGUGUAUUGAUUUAAAGAGUCAAAUAUGGCUUAGGCCUAAUAUCAGAGCGAUAAAAGGAUUUGCGCCGUGUAUUGUUAUGUAUACUAUUGCAGCCAGAUGUCCCGCUUGUUGUUUUGUGGACGAUAACAAAUAGUGAUGGGGAGGACAAGCGUAAAUGUAGACUGCAGGAGAACAUCACAUUGUCUUCCGAUACAUUGAGAUUUUGGUGUUGAUCGUGAGAGUCACCGUGAAUGUUACUGCUGUCCUGAGAAGGACUACCUCCUCGUAGUUACCGAUGUUUAACCAACGUUACCGAUACAGGUAGAGCGGGGUGGAGAGCCUUUUAAUCUUGGGCCGAUGAAAAAUGACGGAGGCCACACCUGAAGGCGGUAGCCCCCAGAGGUACUUUCCAGGCUUCAGGACGUCCGGCCGACGUGUACUCUUCCUGUGCUUUUUCCUGAUUGCCUACGUCUGCCUGGCCGCCGGCGUCUUCAAGGUAUUGGAGGAUCCCUGGGAGCAACAGGAGAUCACCCGACUCCGGGAUGUCCUAGAUACAUUCCGACGUAAUACCCAUUCAUGCAUAGCAGAUGAAGAACUGGAGAACUUUAUCAUUGAAGUGGUCAGGGGAGCUAACCGGGGAGUGUCCGCUGUUAGGAACGUGACCAUGUCCGAGUCCAACUGGAGCUUUGGACAAGCCAUGUUCUUUGCCACAACUAUCCUCACUACGAUAGGGUACGGUCGAGUAACGCCCUUGUCUGAUGCCGGUAAAGGGUUUUGUAUAGUGUAUGCUAUAAUAGGAAUACCGCUGACUCUAAUCAUGUUCACUGCUAUAGUUGAGAGGAUUAUGAUACCGGUCACUAAAUUAUUGGAUCUGCUGCUCCGGAAACUAGGCCAUUUGUACAAGGUUUUCCACAUUCGUCUGCUGCAUCUCUUCUUGAUCUUCGUCAUUGUGCUCAUUUUCGUGUUCCUUAUUCCUGCUGGAAUUUACGCUGCUUUAGAACCUACCUGGAAUUACCUGGACUCGUUUUACUAUUGCUUCAUCUCCAUGACAACCAUCGGCCUGGGGGAUUACAUACCUGGUGAUAAUCCUUAUCAGCCCUACCGACCAUUAUACAAAGUGGCUACAACAGGUUAUUUGAUAUUUGGGUUGAUCAUGAUGAUGCUUCUACUUGCGGUUAUCUAUGAAAUACCGGAGCUAAAUAUAGGUUUUCAUUUCUACCUGAAAAAUGAAAACGAGGACGACGAGAGAAUGCGACUGCGUGCCAGCGACACUUCCGGUCCAAAAUACACGCAGCAGGUCAACGAAGUGUCUAACGCUGGUUACCCUGGCGACCAGCCGUGAACAGGAAGUAAUCUCCACGCAGCUCGAAAUGUCGUCAGAGUACAGGCUCCAGGAGCAUGACUCUGCGACUAAGACGAGCAUUGAGAUGUUUAAACGUUUGGAUUAGGAUUCGGAUUUGGAUUUUAGUUGUCAUCGGCAAGACGUUUUGGUGGAAGUAGGUUUGGAAAAAAACGUUUUUGGCAGACCAUCGCAUUGUGUGAUACAAAAGCAUUAU